GUGUUGCUAAUUGCUCCGUGUGAUCCGAACAUUCCCCUGUCAUUUAGCUCGCAUUUAACUCUGAGUUUUAUGAUUUAUAUUUCUGAACUCUUUUUACUGUUGCGCUAUAAUUUAUUGAUUACUAACGUUAGUUAUAAAAAUCUAAGUUUGAUUAUAUUUAUUUCCGCAUUUAAAAAAAUUUUCACUAUAUAAUUACUAUAUCGUUAGUUUUAAUAUUCAAAGGGAAUUAUUUAAGCCAUCCCUUAAUUAAAAUCGAAUUCCUGAAUUGAUUAUGGGCUAAGUUAUAUAGAUUUAUUUUACCUUUUGUAUCGAUAGUUGAAAUCCAUAUUCGGUUUAACUUAUAAUUCUAUUUUAAGCCUCUAUUGAAAAAGAAUCAGUCCUGGUAACUAAUGGGGUCGCGUGAAUAUGGUGAAGCAACGAAUCUUGAUUAUGAAACAGAUUCUGAAAAAGAAGUUAAUCCACGUGAAGAAGUUUAUCAUCUUGAACCAAUAUAUAACGAACCACCUGAAAGUGAACUAAGGUUUGACGUAGAGGGAGUAGAUCCUUCGGCGUUUAAUUAUAAUAAACGGAAACCAGUUAUAGAAGUAGAACGUGCAAUUAUAACCAGAUAUGGUGAAUAUGGUGAAGCAACGAAUCUUGAUUAUGAAAAAGAUUGUGAAAAUGAUUAUGAACAAGACGUACUUCAUGAAGAAGAAUAUGAAGUGGAACAACAAACACAAUAUAAAAUGGUUUACGCACCCCCGCCUGCAAUGGCAGUAUGUCCUGCAGCUCUUAGAUAUGAUCAUAAAGAAGCUCACGCAGAAGUAGAAUAUACGAAUCUAGUUUGCGAACCAGUGGUUAAACCAAUGGCACAUAUUUCAACAGACACAGAGUAUUUCACUGCUGUUUUAGAGGGUCACCGGGAUAGGGACACUCUUUCAAGACUGGAGGAUUUAAAGAACAAAUUUGGAUACUCUACAGAAAAGGUUAACAAAAAAGGUAAAAACGAAAAAGGUGAAUACUCGUGGGGCCCUCUCCAACUAGCUGCUGCUUUUGGAGAGUUAGACACUGUGAAUGAGCUGUGUCAGUACACACUUAUUGAUCUAGCACAGAAGGAUAAUGAUGGCGAUACACCGCUCCAUGCUGCUGCUUAUUGGGAUCAUGAUAGCACGAUUGAUAUUCUCUUGAACACAGCUAAGAAUCCAGUUAAGGCGAGACUUGCUAUAAAUAUGUCUAACAAAGCCGAUGAGACUCCAUUUACUUUCGCCGCAACACGCUAUCAUACAAAAUCAUGUGCUAUGAUGAUCAGAUACAGUCCUCCUCUUACUUACACAUUUAAUUUCGUUCAUCCUGGGCGAAAUCCUGGCACGCAAGAUAUGGAAAAAGAAACCGACAGUGGAAGAUUUGGAAAAUUGCGGACGAAAGAGGCAGUGAAAAAUGUUGAGAAAAUGAAUGAACACAUUAUCAAGUAUCACAAGCCAAACGGUCAAGGCAAAACUUCUAUCAAUAUCAUGAUAACUAAAAUGCCAGAGUUGGUAUUCGAAAUCCUGGAUAAAUCGAUAAUCAGAACUAAAACUACUAUCCUCACUGAAAGUAGCAAAGGUUCUGAAAAUAAGCAUGAAGACAUUCAGCGAGUCAUCGUUGACUUCGGAGCAUUGGAAAACUACGGCGAAAAGGAAGAGGAGGAGGAAGAGGAACCGAACAACUCCGAAGUAUUGGGAAAAGAAGAUGAAAAGAAGCCUUUUGUGACUGUCAAUGUGGAGGAGAAGGAGGAGGAGAAAAAGACGAAGAAGGAGAAAGAGAGGGACAAGAAAGAGGAGGAGGAAACAGGAAAGCCUCUAACUUCGGGAUAUUAUAAGCACGGUUCAAACCCACUCCAGAUCAUGGCAAAGAUGAAUCAUAAUCUUCUCACACAUCCAGUGGUAGAAGCUUUGAUCGUUACAAAGUGGGAAAAGUUUGCCAGAACUUACUUCUACAUUUUCACUUUCCUUCUUUACCUUAUCUUCUUCUCUGUGCUGAUGGGAUACCAGUUCACUCAAAUCAAACCAUUUGAACUUUUGGAAAAUGAUAAAGCUAUUAGAUCCUGGAUUGAAAAUUCUAGCCAUACUUGUGAUGAAUUUCCCGAUGGCUGCUCAAAGGAGAAAUCUGCAGAAAGUGAUAUCUUUGGAUACAUACUUUUGGUGAUGUCUGCUAUUCGCCUAUUUCUUGAGCUUCUGGAUCUCCUAGAUAAUGUUUUUUUUAAUGGAUCAGAUCUUGAUAGUGGAAGUAACAGCCCUCUUGAAACUGGCAAAGCGUGGUUACAAGGUUUGAUGAACUAUCUUAUUGACCCUGAGAACUAUUUAGAGGUUAUCUUAUACGGCAGCUGUCUGUUCUUUUCUCUCAAUGUGCUGGAACCGCAAAGUGUCAUGUCCCCUUUUCAUUGGAAGAUUGGAUCUCUCUCCGUUCUGACCAGCUUUAUUAACCUCCUCCUUAUUCUACAAGUAUUCCCGAAUAUUGGAAUAUACAUCAUCAUGUUCUUCAAAAUAGCUUGGACAUUCCUUUCAAAGAUAUUAUCCUUGCUAGUUUUCUUCUUGAUCGCCUUUAUGGUGGUAUUCCACAUGCUGUUGAGCCACACAAAUGUUUUUAGAAACAUACUGUCCGCAGAUGCCAUCUUCAAAACCUUAUCUGCGGGAGUAUCUGGAGUCGAAUACGACGAUUACGCCGACCAAGAAAUGAUUUACCCAACAACAACGCUGGUGGGUCUCAUUGCUUUCGCUCUGUUUGUCCAAGUUCUCUUCUUGAAUCUUGCAACUGCUCUGGCAAUAGGAGAUGUGGAUGCAAUCCGAAGUGGAGCGGAAAAGGCUAAAAACGCACUUAAAAUCAAGCACAUCUAUAAUGCACAGAGAAUAGUGAAUCUCAUACAGUGGGUCGCCACACCCAUCUUUUGUGGAAAUGCUCUAAACGUUCUGGAACAUCAAAAACGAUUCCGAAACAUGCCAGCAAAGAGAUUUAAGGAAGAUCGACUUGCAUAUAUCGAAACAUGUACAGAGAAAUACACGGAAGCAGAGAAAUCAGAGAUAUGCACAAAGGAAUGCACAGGGAAAUGCACAGAGAAAUCUGAAAAUGUGGUCAUUCCAUUUUCAGAUUUUUAUAAAAAACAUUACAAAGGUGAAUAAACUCACGAUUUAAGGUUAUUUGCUCUUUUGAAAGGAAAGAGAUUUUACAACGGGUAUAUAUUUAAACUAGAAGAAUGUUUAGACCUUUACUUUUAAGAUAGAAGGGAAUACUCUUACUAUACUAUACUGCAUUAUAUUUUUUUAGCACUUAUCAGUCUUUUGCGAUAUUUUACGAGUUUAAGAUUGUUUUAAAGUUUUUAAGUAAUACAACAUGAUACUAAUCACGAACUUGCUUUUGAGAAAUGCAUGCUUGUUUUAAAAAUAUUUACCUACAGAUGUUUUUGCGUAUUAAAAUAUUAUGUAUCUUUUAUAACACUAUUCAUUAA